AUGUGCGGGGACUUUUCGGGUCAAUGUGGGGCGCUCUUCAUUGUGUGGGGGGUGGUGGGGGCGGGGGUGCUCGGUCUGUACGUGGAUAGGAGCAAGAAGUUCACAGAAGUGACCAAGAUCAACCUGAGUCUGAGUGCCAUGGCCUGUGCUGCCUUCUCUGUGGUGGCGUUGAUGCCGGGGCAGCAUGCUGCUGUGGCUGUGGUCUGCUCUCUCUUCGGCUUCUUUGGUUUCUCUGUUUACCCCGUUGCCAUGGAGCUGUCGGUGGAGUGCUCGUACCCCGUGGGAGAGGCCACCUCAGCUGGGCUCAUCUUUGCCUCAGGCAAAGACAUGAGCCCAGCUGAGGUGGCCUCGCCCACGGGUAACGAGCACUCCAACCACCGACUCGCUCCAUGGCAACGGGUAAACAGAGAAAACCAAGAGAAGCCGAAGAGAGAGCAACCACAGCCACAGCAGCAUGCUGCCCCCGCAGCAACGCCACCUGCCGGAGCACAUCAGGAAAAAUGCAGCAACGGACCCGGGCUAAAUCAUGGGAGCUAUUAUAAGAAAAUAACCAGGCUAAAUCCGCAAAGCCCAAGCUCCAUGCCCGAGUAA